AUGGGUUUUGGGAGGUACUGGAGCAAGAAAGCUUCAGCAGGCAGGGCAUUGGUGGACAAGUAUUUCAAUUGUGAGGAUGUGCUUAUGAACCACUUGUAUGCUAAUGCAAGCUUAUAUGAGGUUGUCAAUUAUGUGAAACCCACAUGGGCUAUCGAUACGUUGAAAAUUUCUGCUCCAGUAGCUGAAGAGGAAGAGUUAGAGCAACAGCAGCCACCACCGGUUUCUUUCGAAGGGCACGAGGUCUCCGAGGAGACCAGGUUUUGGCGCAGUUGGAAGGAAGCUCCAGUGGCUGAGGAGGAACGACAGAGCAACAACAGCCAUCACCGAUUUCUUCGCAAGGCAAGAGGUCUCCGGGGAGACCAGGUUUCGGCACAGUUGGAAGGAAAGUGA